CGCCGAUAAACCCACUAAAGAAAGAAAAAAAGAGCUCGCGUGUGAUAUGUUUGUGUAUCCUCCUCAGUGUUUUUCUCGUAGACAGUAAAAAGUUGAGUGUAAACAGAGUCUUGUCUCUGUGUAUUUUAGUGUUGAGAUGUUGAUGAUGACAGAUGAGAUGUGCUGUAAAUUAGUAGGAACUGAUCUGUCCAUGCUGGAUAUUGAUGAUUUCAUCACAGAAAUCUCUCAGCUGAAGAAAGAGGUGGCGUUACUGGAGACAAAGCUGAGGUCAAGAGGAGAUGAAGGAGUGAAGAGAGAGGAUGUGGUUUGUUGUGAAUCUUCAGUGUAUGUGACUGAUGGAUGUCUGGAUUCAGUGUGGAUGAGCAGAGAUCAGAGGCGCACACCACAGCCACUGCUGGACUCUAAACUCUCUGAAGAGAAAUCCAGACACACACAGGACUCAGAGCUCAGUCUCACUUUACUCUCUUAUACUGAGUCAAAGCCCACAGACGCUCAGGACACUGUGUGUGACAGUAAUCAGGGCUUACAGGAUGAGGAAUCUACUGAUCAAACCUCCACAGAGUCUCUGGAUUCUGUCUGUAACGCUGGAGAACAGCAGCAGAUCCUGCAGACCACACUGAAGAUGUGUUCAGUCAAACUGAUCGACUGCAGGAACCUGAUGAUGAAGACAAAAACAGAACCAACAGAAGAGGAAGAUCACAAUUAUAAAGAGGAAGACAAUCAUGCAGAUGAUUUAAUUCAAUCAGAUGUGAAGAGUGAAUCAUGUUGUGAUGGAGAAACGUCCUCAACAUCAGAAGAUCGACUGACAGCACAAACUCUUUCCUGCAUCACCUGUGGAAAGACAUUCAGCUCACAGAGACAUUUAAAGAGACAUGAGAGAAAACACACAGGACAGAAACUCAGCUUUACUACCUUACAAGAGAAGAAACUUCAUCAUUCAAAAGAGCACGAAGAGAAGAAGAUGAAAAGGUUUCACUGUGAGCAGUGUGGGAAGAAUUUUGUCUUCUUAUCUCAGCUGAAAGCUCACAUGAGGACACAUAGUGGUGAAAAGUCUUUCUACUGCACUGAAUGUGGAAAUUACUUCAGCACCAAACAAAGUCUUGAUGCUCAUCAGAGAAUUCACACAGGAGAAAAACCAUACGAGUGUCCUCACUGUGAGAUGAGAUUCAGCCUUAAAACCUGUCUGAAGAAACAUGUGUUUAUACACACCAAUAAGAGACCGUAUCAGUGCAGUGAAUGUGACAAAACCUUUAGGCAUUCAGCUUCAUUAAAAAGACACCAGAAUAUUCACUCUAAAGAGAAACUCUAUCAAUGUUCACAUUGUGAUAAACGUUUCUGUUAUGAAUCUAGUCUGAUAUGCCAUGAGAGAAUUCACACUGGAGAGAAACCGUAUCACUGUAUUAUCUGCUGGAAGAGUUUUAAUCUACAUUACAAAUUACUGUUACACCAGAGAACUCAUACAGGUGAAAAACCUUACAAAUGCUCUCAGUGUGAGAAGACGUUUACUCAGUCAGGUCACUUAAAAAUCCAUGAGAGAGCUCACACUGGAGAGAAACCUUACGCCUGCUCUCACUGUGCAAAGAGAUUCAAGAAUCCAUCUUGUUUCAGAGUUCAUCUGAGAAUUCACACUGGAGAGAAACAUCAUCACUGUAGUGUCUGUGGGAAGAGUUUUAGGCGACAUGAUCAAUUAAUGAAACACCAGAGAACUCAUACAGGUGAAAAGCCUUACAAAUGCUCUCAGUGUGAUAAGAUGUUUAAUCAGUCAAGUCACUUAAAAGCCCAUGAGACAGUUCACAGUGGAGAGAAACCUCAUCACUGUAGUGUCUGUGGGAAGAGUUUUAAUCUACGUGACAAAUUAGUAAAGCACCAGAGAACUCAUACAGGCGAAAAACCUUACAAAUGCUCUAAGUGUGACAAGAUGUUUACUCGGUCAAGUACAUUAAAAAUCCAUGAGAGAAUUCACACUGGAGAGAAACCUUACGCCUGCUCACACUGUGAAAAAAGAUUCAAUAAUCCAUCUCAUCUCAGAGUUCAUCAGAGAAUUCACACUGGAGAGAAACCUCAUCACUGUAGUAUCUGUGGGAUGAGUUUUAAUCUACGUGACAAAUUAGUAAAUCACCAGAGAAUUCAUACAGGCGAAAAACCUUACAAAUGCUCUCAGUGUGAGAAGACGUUUACUCGGUCAAGUACCUUAAAAAUCCAUGAGAGAAUUCACACUGGAGAGAAACCUUACGCCUGUUCGAUCUGUGGAAAGAGAUUCACUUAUCCAUCUCAUUUCAGAGUUCAUCUGAGAAUUCACACUGGAGAGAAACCUCAUCACUGUAGUCUCUGUGGGAAAAGUUUUAAUCGACAUGAGAAUUUGGUGAAUCACCAGAGAACUCAUACAGGUGAAAAACCUUUCAAAUGCUCUCAGUGUGAGAAGAAGUUUAAUUCGCCAAGUAACUUAAAAAUCCAUGAGAGACUUCAUACAGGAGAGAAACCUUACGUCUGCUCGAUCUGUGGAGAGAGAUUUACUCAUCAUGGAAGUCUUCAGUAUCAUCAGAAGAAACACACUGAAGAACAAACUACACUUAAAUCAUCAUAGUGACUUAACCCUUAUGUACUUUUGGGGACAUUUUCAUCCACUAUGGGGUGCUUUUGAGUGGUAAUUUGGCCACACCUUUCUCUGUGUUUCAGCAAAAAAAAAGACAGAAGGGUCUUAGAAGGUUAAUUAAAUUGUCAUUCAUUUAUUCAUUUUAGAAAUCAUGUUUUUUCUUAUUUUUCUUAUUCUUUUAUAUUAUAUUCAAUUCAUUUGAUCUAGUUACUCUAUUCUACAUUAUUUUUCUUAAUAUUGUUUAAAUCUUAUGUUGACACUGCUGUAUUGUCUUUUAAUGAUGAUUUGAGUCUUCAGUGUUCUCAAUUUCAAGGUUUUCACAAAAAUGUGUUUUCCAUUUGAAAUCAUUCCUAAAAAAUCUAUUUUUAAAGCUCACGUAACACACGCUGUUUCUGCAUUUCUGAUAUUAAUCUGGAGUACCUAUAGAGUAGUAUGACAUCCUUUAUAUCUCUGAAGAGUCUUUAGUUUAAUUAGAUUUAUAAAAGAAAGAUUAGCUUUACCGAAUCUUUCCGAUAACGUACGAAAAAAUGAAGAAGGAGGAGUUAUAACACGGGAGGAGCGAGUACGAGUCAUACAACACUAUACAACACUGUUUUAACUUAUGAUUUACUACAUGUUUGUGUCAUUUAUAUAAUAUACACGCGCCUAUUUCCAACAUAAGACAGAAGUCUUACUUACCACGUGUAACUCGUCAUGACCCGGUUCUGAAAAUCCACUGCAUCAAACACACACGCAAAACUCCGCUGCUAAUCCGGAUAAUAAACUAUAUCCAUUGUUUCCAUAAGGCUGGAUGUCUUCUCCUUACAUCCAAAAACACACUUCUUGUUGUGCCAUUGUUGACUUUUGAAAUUAAACAAGGCUGAGUGGCGUGAUAAGCUGUUAGCAAGCUCUAGCGUCUCCCGCUGACUGACGGCUGGGCGGGGUUUUCCGGGGGAAGUUUUCCGGCGGAAGCCCAUAUAAAGAAGUGAUACGUAUCGAAAACCCCUGAAACGUCAGUUAGAACCGUAAUCGAAAAAAUUAGCCGAAAUUUGUACGAACCCUGGCGAAGUGCAUUCGGCACAGAAAUACUCUGAAACACGCCCAACUGCAUUUUUGACACUUUGCCUACGUUUAGCAUGAGGAAACAACUCUAUAACUGUGUUAAUAAGUCAGAAUGCUUGAAAUACCAUUAACCCCCCCCUUUAAUAUCUCAAGACUCCUGCUAUUGAAAACAGGUCCAUCCACACCAGCUAGCAUGUUGGCUUAGCACACAUCAAAACACGAAAAAAUAAUUGGAGAAAAAAAAUGGUUUAAGUCCUAAAUUACCAUGUGAUCUGAUGUGUCUCUCACCCUCCUCUCCACCUUUAAGCUCAGAGGACCUUAAAGCUCAUUCCUAAACUGUACAUGAAAUGCUACAUUCUAGAUGCACAAAGAAUCUGAAUCUGGUCUUGUUUGAUGUCAUUUGAAAUGUCUCAGUGCAAGUGGUACAAUGGUUUUACUCGUAUAAUAACAGAAAUCAAUGUUAAAGUGUAACAGUAAAUUAAGCAAACUUCACUAAAUGUUGGAACACACCUCAUACCUUAGAAAUAUAAACCAGUUCCCCACUUUAUGCAGAUUAAGUACAGCCCCUGAGUUCACAACUCAAUUAGUACUAAAUCCCUUAAUUUGGUCUGACGAAUCAGUUAACUCUGCCUACCAGGGUUAAAUAUUGGCAUAUCGACUGCCAUUAAUUAUGAACAGGCAAAUAUGAACAAAUCAAAUCACGAAAAAUACUAUUGCGAUUAAAAUAGCAACAAACAUGUAAAACAUCUAAAUUGUAUUAAACUCAUGACACUGUGUGUCUGAAACCAUCUUGUGAAAUAAACGCAUGAUUUAAUAAAGGCAGAUUAAUGCAGA